AUGUGCCAGGCGCUGUGCUGGGACUGGCCCUCCUUGCUGCAGCUGGGCACAGCAGUCAAAAUUGUCUGUUCCUUUAUCAACUGAAGCCAGAACUGCCCCGGGAUUGCCCACUACACGUCUGAGAAUGUGGAUCCUUGUCUUUGCGCACACAUCAUCUAUGCCUUUGCUGGCAUGGCCAACAACCAGAUCAAUUGGAAUGAUGAGGCCCUCUUCUACCAAGCUUUCAAUGGCCUGAAAAACAAAAAGAGUCAACUGAAAACUCUCCUGGCUAUUGGCAGCUGGAACUUUGGAACUGCUCCAUAAGUCUCCCUUAGUUUCAUUGCCAUGGUUUUCACUCCUGAGAACCGCCAGAUUUUUAUUGCCUCGGUCAUCAAAUUCCUGUAUCAGUAUGAGUUUGAUGGGCUGAACUUUGAUUGGGAGUACCCUGGCUCUCAUGGGAGCAUGUCUCAGGACAAGCAUCUCUUAACUGUCCUGGUGCAGGAAAUGCCUGAAGCUUUUGAGCAGGAGGCCAAGCAGAUCAACAAUCCCAGGUUGAAGGUCACCGCUGCAGUAGCUGCUGGCAUCUCCCACAUCCAGUCUGGCUAUGAGAUCCCCCAGCUGUCCCAGUACCUGGACUAUAUCCAUGUCACGACCUAUGACCUCCACAGCUCCUGGAAGGGCUACACUAGAGAGAACAGCCCCCUCUACAAACACCCAACUGGCACUACUGGCAGCAAUGCCUACCUCAAUGUGGAUUACGCCAUGAACUACGGGAAGGACAAUGGUGCCCCAGCUGGAAAGCUCAUUAUUGAAUUCCCAGCCUAUGGACACACCUUCAUCCUGAGCAACUCCUCCAAUACUGCCAUUUGUGCCCCCACCUCUGACGCUGGUCCUGCUGGGCCCUACAUCAGGCAGGCAUACUAUGAAAUCUGUACCUUCCUGAAGAACGGAGCUACUGAAGUGUGGGAGGCUCCUGAGGAUGUUCCCUAUGCUUACAAAGGUAAUGAAUGGCUUGGAUAUGACGACACCAGGAGCUUCAAAAUCAAGGCUGAUUGGCUGAAGAAGAAAAACUUUGGUGGUGCCAUGGUCUGGGCCAUCGAUUUGGAUAAUUUCAUGGGUACUUUCUGCAACCAGGGCAAAUUCCCUGGUUCUCUGAUCAUGACCCCAAAGGAUGCCCUGGGCCUGCAGAGUGCAAGUUGCAAAGCCCCAGCCCUGCCCAUUGCUCCCAUCACUGAGGCUCCCGGUACAGGCAGUACCAGCUCUGGGGGCAGCCUUGGUGGCAGUGUGUUCUGUGCCAAUAAGGCCAGUGGCCUGUACCUUGACCCUGCUGACAAAAAUGCCCUCUACAGCUGUGUGAAUGGACAGACCUUCACUCAGCACUGCCAGCCUAGCCUAAUCUUUGAUGCUUCCUGUGCCUGCUGCAACUAG